GAAGAAGAGCUCCACUCCUUGUGAAAAGAAAAAUUUGAAAGGAAAAUUAUACACACUCUAAUUUCAAAUCUUAUAUCUCUACAAUUCGUAUGUCAACAGAGAAUUUGGAUAUGAUUGAGGAUAACCACUCCUUGACAACUGAAUUUAACCUCAUAGGAUUUACAGAUCACCCAGAGCUGAAGACCUUUCUGUUUCUGAUGUUCCUUACCAUCUAUCUCAUCACCAUGGUGGGGAAUCUUGGCCUGGUGGCAUUGAUAGUUUCAGAGCGCCGUCUUCACACACCAAUGUACAUCUUUUUGGGUAAUCUCGCUCUGAUGGAUUCCUGUUGUUCCAGUGCCAUUACCCCCAAGAUGCUAGAGAACUUCUUUUCUAAAGAUAGAAUGAUUUCUCUCUACGAAUGCAUGGCACAAUCUUAUUUUCUCUGCCUUGCUGAAACUGCAGAUUUCUUUCUCCUAGGAGCAAUGGCUUAUGACUAUGUGACCAUCUGCAACCCACUGCAGUACCACACCAUGAUGUCAAAGAAACUCUGCAUUCAGAUGAUCACAGGGGCCCACAUAGCUGGAAACCUGCAUUCCACGAUUCAAAUAGGGUUUCUGUUCAGAUUAACUUUCUGUGGAUCUCAUCAAAUCAAACACUUUUUUUGUGAUGUCUUUCCAUUAUCCAAGCUCUCCUGUGUGGACACUUAUAUCAAUGAAUUGAUGCUGUUUAUCUUUGCAGGGUCAGUUUUAAUCUUCACUACUAUAGUAAUAAUCUCUUACCUUUUCAUACUUUUCACAAUUUUCAAGAUGAAAUCCAAAGAGGGAAAAAGCAAAGCCUUAUCUACUUGUGCAUCCCACUUUCUCUCUGCCUCAUUAUUCUAUGGUUCCCUUCUUUUCAUGUAUGUUCGACCAAAGUCAGGUAAUGAAGAAGAUAAAGAUAUACCUGUUGCCAUUUUUUAUACUCUAGUGGUUCCCUUAUUAAACCUUUUUAUUUAUAGUCUAAGAAAUAAGGAAGCAAUAAAUUUUAUGAAAAAAUUAUGA